UUAUUUAUGCCACAUCUCUCACUAUAAUACUUCUUGACAUUUCACGCUAGUACCUCCUAGUAUAAGUUAAGUACUCCCCACUCUAGUCCUAUCAUUAACGUGCAUCACUAGUGUUCCAACAGACAAAAUGGCGGAAGAAGAAGUAGGAGAAGAGUACCUUUUCAAGAUUGUGGUUAUAGGGGACUCUGCUGUUGGCAAAUCCAACUUGCUGUCGCGUUUUGCCCGUGAUGAGUUUGACCACAACUCUAAGGCCACCAUUGGAGUUGAGUUCCAAACCCAAGUAGUGGAAAUUGAUGGCAAGGAAAUUAAGGCCCAAGUUUGGGACACAGCUGGUCAAGAACGUUUUCGGGCAGUCACUUCUGCUUAUUAUAGAGGUGCUGUUGGGGCUCUCAUUGUUUAUGAUAUUAGCAGAAAGACCACUUUUGAGAAUAUCAAAUGUUGGCUUGAUGAACUCAACACCCACUGUGAUACAACAGUUGCAAGGAUGCUUGUUGGAAACAAGUGUGAUCUGGAGAACAUCAGAGAUGUGAGUAUAGAGGAAGGAAAAAACCUUGCAGAAGAGGAAGGAUUAUUCUUUAUUGAAACAUCUGCUCUGGACUCUACUAAUGUCAAAACAGCCUUUGAAAUUGUCAUCCGCGAGAUAUACAAAAAUUUGAGCCGGAAAGUUCUCAAUUCUGAUUCAUACAAGGCAGAAUUAUCAGUCAAUCGGGUUAGCCUUGCCAAUGGAACCGACAUGUCAAAGCAAAACGCAUCGUGCUGUUCCAGAUAGUAUUUUACGAUUAUUAUUAUGUGGAUCUUUAGUCUCUUUACCUUUUUAGACACUUAUCCUGCCCUGAAUUUAAGCUGGGCAGUUUCUCAAGGGUGCAUGUCGUGUUACGUUUAGUUCAUUGCUGUGUUACUUGCAGUCUUGCAACUAAGGGGUGCAGUACGCAAUAGCCCCAACAAGGUAUAAUUGUAUCUUUACGAGGCAACAGAAUAAAUAUUUGAGAAACGAUUGAGUUUUGACAAAA